UAUAUUAUUUCAAUAAUAAACAGUCGCUUUUUAAUGGCGUAGUAUCACCGGAAGCGUACUUUGGUUCAUUUGCCGCCAAACUAUCCUGCGUGCUGCGAUGAAGUUGUUUAUCGGUUGGCUUACGGAUUUACGACUGUAGUUUAGAAAAUCACGCCGAACGCGUGCAUACGUUACACGUUAUAUUACGUUGUGUCACAGAAUUGUUUUUCCGCGUGUUUGUUAGGACUCGAUUCGUGACUUAAACUUUUCGAAUUUGUGGGUUAUAUCAUGGCCAAGGUACAGUUGGCGAAUGUUGCUGUGCUAGACAAUCCUUCGCCGUUUCUAAAUCCGUUCCAGUUCGAGGUCACGUUCGAGUGCAUCGAGGAAUUGAAAGAAGAUUUGGAAUGGAAAAUGAUAUAUGUGGGCAGUGCAGAGUCAGAGGAAUUUGAUCAAGUCCUAGAUACUAUUUAUGUUGGGCCGAUUCCUGAAGGGAGACAUAUGUUUGUAUUUCAGGCUGAUCCACCUGAUGUGAGCAGAAUCCCCGUCAAUGAUGCUUUAGGUGUAACCGUUGUGUUGCUGACUUGUUCGUACAGAGGUCACGAAUUUGUUCGCGUAGGCUACUUUAUAAAUAACGAAUAUACGGAUCCAGAACUCCGGGAGAAUCCUCCUCCACAGCCACAAUUUGAUAAAGUUCAGAGGAAUAUACUAGGUGAUAAACCUCGUGUUACUAGAUUUAAAAUCAAUUGGGACGACUGUCCAACUGGAACGGCGAACAAUCUUCCUGAGGGCAUGGAUGCGCCAGCGUUAGAAGAUACGUCGCAGGAUGCACCCACGUCCACAUUAGGUUUUACAGAGAAUACGCAAAAUGGUGGAAUGGAAGUGAUGUGAAAAAUUAUUUGCUGCUGUUAAAAAAUAACUCGGUGAACUAGCAUUAUACAACAGUUUAAAUGAUAAAUGUAGUACCUGGAAAAGAUGGAGAAGAAAAGUACACACGAUAUAUAUAUUUAGAUAAUUCCAAAAAAUUGCGAAAAAUAACCUUCUAUAUAAUUAUUGGUGUUUUUCUUCAAUAAAAGCCAAGAAAUUUGUGUACAUUUUGAAAAAGUAACUCUAUGUUAAUAAUAUGAUAACCUUGCGCAUGAAUAAAAGUAAAUGGUUGAAUUAAU